UCUCUUCCUUAAAAAAAAACGGAAAAUAAAAUGUACACAUCUUUUCAGGAAUCGCAAAAAAAUAAAUAGGCCUAUAGAUAACGAAGAGGUUGUUUGGAAAAUGUUGCAGUGAACAUGCAAAUAUCUAUAGUGCAUUUAGUGAUAAUCGUGUUAGUGUGGUGGAAAACGCGUCGUGAAGCGCUGAGAGAGACGUGACGAAAGCGGAAUACGGUGAUGAUGAAGAGAACAUCAGCGCGAGUCUGACGACAGCAGAGUUUCGUCUUUCACGCGAGGGGGAAAAAAAGUUGCAGGAUCUUCCAGAAGAGGCUUCGAGCUUAAACGACAUCGAGAUCUCGAGUCCAUCACAGCGAAAGCCGGGCGUUACCGGAGCAGGAGCUGUUAUUUCAGCCAAAAGUCUCGUCAUUUAUGGAUCCGCGGUGACCCGAUGCGCGAACCAAACCUCCAGAGCUAAACUCAGUGAUGGCAUCUUACCAUAGCUUAGAUGAUGACGCAAUGGCUUUGAUGGUCCACGACACGAACGCGGUGAAGAAAGAAGAGUUCGCGAAGGAAGAGCCGCUCCAAGAGCCGAGUUCGGAGAAGGUGGAUCCGUCUCAAAAGCCGCCUUAUUCGUACGUGGCUCUGAUCGCCAUGGCCAUCCGGGAGAGCUCGGAAAAGAGACUGACCCUCUCCGGCAUCUACCAGUACAUCAUCACCAAGUUCCCCUUCUACGAGAAGAACAAGAAGGGCUGGCAGAACAGCAUCCGACACAACCUGAGUCUCAACGAAUGCUUCAUUAAAGUUCCCCGGGAGGGCGGCGGGGAGCGCAAGGGCAACUACUGGACUCUUGAUCCGGCCUGCGAGGACAUGUUCGAGAAGGGCAACUACCGGCGCCGGAGGCGCAUGAAGCGGCCGUUUAGACCGCCUGCGGCUCACUUCCAGCCGGGCAAGGCUCUCUUCGGCGGCGACGGAUACGGCAGCUACCUCCCCGCGCCCAAAUACCUCCAGUCCGGCUUCAUGAACAACAGCUGGCCGCUUGCGCAGCCACCGCCGCCGAUGAGCUACGCGUCCUGCCAGAUGGCCAACGGCAACAUGGGUCCCAUGAAAGGACUGUCCGGUCCGUCGUACAACCCCUACAGUCGAAUGCAAGCCAUGGGCCUGCCGAACAUGAUGAACUCGUACAGCGGGAUGGGGCACCACCAGCACCCGGCGCCGCAGCAGCAGCCCUCGCCGGUUCCGUCCAACUCCGCGGCCGCUCUGCAGUUCACCUGCUCCCGGCAGCCGCCCGAGCUCUACUCGUACUGGGACCACGAGGCCAAAAACUCGUCGUUACACUCGAGGAUUGACAUUUGAACCGAGGGACUGUGUGAACGGGACUUGGAACUGGGCGCAGGGUCUGUUUUACGCAUCCAGCAAGGUAAACAGGGUAACUUUUGUUGCUGAAGAACAAACACAGAUCUGAACUAUCUCAGUCCCUGAAAGAUCCGGGCUGCAUGGAUAAAUGUUUAUGUUUUUUUAUUCUAAAUCAGUAGUUUUUUUUUAUUAUUAUUAUUUGAUCGCUUCAGGAUAAACACGUUUGACAAAAAUGCCUUCGAAAAUUCAAUUGAGGACAGUUCAGAAAGAAAAGCAUUUGCAUUGUUUGGGACCAUUGUGAGUUUUACAUUUUGGAUUGUCAAAGCAGCACUUAUUUUCUAUUUGCUUUCAAUAAAUUGUUUUGAUUAAAAUGUCUUCGACACUCGAUACGAUGAGAACUGAAAAAGUAUGGCUCCAUGUUGACUUUUAACAUCCACGGAGCCUUUAGAUUGGACGAAAGGUUCUUUGCAGUGGAAAAGGAUUUUUUAGAUUAUUAAAAUCUUCUUCACACUAAGAAAAAAUGGCUCACUGUUGACGAAGCAGAAAUGGUUUUUCUAUGGCUUCACUGCAAAGAAAGAAAAAAAAAACAUUUUGGAAUCUUUAUUUUUAAGAGUGUAUUCAGCCAAAUAUCUAUAGUUUUUACUCUAGAACGACUCUUUCGUAACAUUUUGAUAUGUAAAGAUCAGAAAAUCACAGAUUUUCAGUUUGUUAGUUAUUUUUUCCAGAAGGAGAAGGUUCAGUUUUUGCUGCUAUUCUAAAAUGUACACAUUUUUUUAAAUAAAGAGAUAAAAAUGACAUCAAAACGCGCUUAUUCUAAAAUAAUUAGAAAAAAACACUGGAUUAGAAUAAAUGAUAUCCCUGCUUCUGGUGGAAGAUUUGAUUAUUAUGAUAAUUAAUUAGUGUAAAUGUAAUGAAGGCCCGUUAGCUGAUGACAAUCUUUAAUUCUGUUUCAUUUCGUUCCGUAAAUAAACUCCAAUCAAUUCAAAUAAUGUAUCAGUGUUUAUGGUGUUCUGUCACGUUCUCUGGGGGGAAAAAAAUGUUUAGAAGAAAACUUUAUCUUAUUCUAGUUGAAAACAAUGUUUGCAUUUUGAUUUAAAGAAUCUUAUUUAAAAAGAAGAAGAAGAAUUAAUCAAUACAUUCUAUUCUUUCUGUUCCAGCAGACACUAAAAACAUUUCUCGUGAACUUCAGUAGCCCGUGUUAUUUCGAUAUUUUGUAGACAAUUCAGUCUUUAUUAUCUUAACUAAAAAGAAAACUAGAGGAUUUGUCUUCUUUAUUUUAAUUAUAAUAUGGCCCUGCAUUAAAUUUCAGUCUAUCUACUGCUUCUGGCUCUUCAUAAAAAUAUUAUAGCCUAUCUCAGAAAUACAUUCAUCUCAUGCAAAUCGAAUGUAAAAUAAAAAUUAAAUCGUGUAAAACUGUGUCGAAAUGCUCUUUUUAGACGACAGCAAGAGCGAGAAUAAUAGUUAAAAGAAUCAUGGAAAAAUAAAUGGAUUGAUUGCAAUCCUUGAAUAACAGAAACAGCGGUCAGUCUGAAGGAAAUGCCAUUAUUUUUUGCAUGUCUUUCAUUCCUUCAUACUGUGAUCAAGGCCUGAUUUGAUGAAAGUUCAUGAGAAAACACGCCUGAAUCGCGUUCAUUCCAGCAGACCUCAGAGAAAAACAGCAGCUAAAAUCCUGUCGAAGCUCAAGAAAACCGAAGCGAACUCGAAUCACACAAGAUGCUUUCUUCUUAUUGUUUGUUUGCCUUUGUUACAUAAACUAAUCAUGCAAAUU